AUGGAGCGACGAACCCUGCAGCCGACAAUAGAUCCCAAUUCCAAUGCGCGGUCAGGCAUACCCGUGCCUGCCUCAGUGAAGAAGCCAUCUGCCACUGGUCGUAUGUCCAUAGCGGGUCCCGCCCUGCGUGCGCCUCAGCCCCCACCAUCUAUACCCCGACAAUCAAUUAUGCCUGGCUCAAAUCCGCGCCAGUCAAUCAUGAGAUCUCAAAAUCUACCCCCCAACUCGCUCCUCCUCCAAUCAGCUUCAAAGCAGAACUUUGCGCGGACGCCUUUGAACAAUAGUACGCGUCGGGGUUCUGUCUGGGGUGCUGGCUCUUCCGCUCAAAUUCCCCCGAGCAGCCAAACCUUCAAAGACCCUCGUCCUCUACGAGACAAACCUUUCCAGUCCCAAAUGAAACUCGACGUUUACAACUAUCUGCGGAGCAUUGGUUAUGAGAUUGCUCAAUCAACCCUGAGUAAUAUUCAAGGAAAAGACUAUCGGGCUAUCUUCGACUGUCUCGUUGGAAUCCUCGAUCCAAAUUUUCCGCUAAACCCUCAAGUGCGCUUCGAGGAAGAGUUUGUGCCUGUAUUGAAGGCUUUACACUAUCCAUUUGUGAAUGCCAUCGACAAUAAAGCACUGGCAGCUCCUGCCAGCAUGCACGCUUGGCCGACACUCUUAGGUGUGUUGCAUUGGUUGGUGGAGUCGUGCAAAGCCGUCACUGCAUACGAAACCAGUGGAGACCCUACCCUACAGGUAACAUCGGACAUACCAGAAGAGUUUGAAGACCCUUGGGAUCACCAAGCACUCGCUUUCGACUAUUUCGUUCAGGCUUAUGGGAUGUGGUUGGACAUGAUGGCCGAUGAUUUUGUAGAACCUACCCAGAAUCUAGAGGAUCGCUAUGCUCGCAAGAAUGAACAAGCACAAACAGACCUCGAUGACAAGGUGCGACGGUUAGAAGAAGCUACAAUCGAAUUAGAUAAACUCAAAUCGACUGCUCCGCCAAUAGCACAGCUUCAGAGCGAGAUUCAAAUGCUGAAUGGUGAUGGUGAUAAAUUCCAGAGGAUACUUGCGCAGUACAAUGCUCGGAAGAAGAGAACCUUGGACCAAAUCACGUCAGAGAAAGCUCAGCUCGUCACUCAAGGUCAACAUCUUGAGCAUCUACGGGAGGAGCAACGGAGACUGGAAGUUACCGUCAAAGCACAGAAUCUAUCUCCAGAAGAGGUCAUCAAAAUGAACUCCGACCACGAGACUCUCGAACAGACAUUGAAAGACCUGCAACAGAAAAUGGCCGAGACGUCGAGGAACGUAAUGACAUUGGAAGUUAACGUGGCGAACCGCGCAACAAGUGCAGAGGAAGCCAUCGACAUCUAUACCCACCUACUCGCAACACUAGAUCUGUACCCUGCACCGUCCGCUCCACUACCCACGACACCAUUGACUUUGGAACUGAAUACGGCCUCACCGAAUCCUCAACAACUAUUAAUUGGUGAUAUUCGUGGGGCUAUAAAGCCUUGUCUAAGCAUGGUGGCUGAAAGCAAGCGUGCGGAGCGCGCCACGGUGGAGAGCGAGCGGAUAAAGUUCGAUGACGACCUCGACAGGCUCACAAUGGAGUGCGAGAAUAUUGAAGAAGAGAUGGCUCAGGUCGAGAAGAAAGUGGUUGGUCUAAAUGAUCAAGCGGAUGAUCUACGAGAGGUGGCCCAGCAAGAAGCAACGGUUGCCAAUUCUGACGCGACACGAUUGGAGCGAGAGCUGGCAAAUGCAAAGACGGCAGCACUUGCCAAUGGCAUGGGUGUCAAAUCGAGGCUACAGGCCUUACAAUUCCAGUAUCGCGAACAAAUGGAAAAGGUUUCGCGACUGAAGGAUGAGACAGUGCGGGCCAUUAUAAAAAAUUCAACGGACAUUACGAAUUUUAAAGCGACGCUUUCACAGCAUCUCGCAGAGCUAGCGGCUGCGGCCAAAGCAGACGAGUGA